AUGGCUGAAGAGCUCUCCAAGGCCAUUUCCUACACCAAAGAUGAUUUCUACUGUCCAGUCUGUCAGGAGGUGCUCAAAAUGCCGGUGCAGACCUCGGCCUGUCAGCUCGUUUCCUGUAGAAAAUGUUUCCUGACUGCAACAAGAGGAAGUGGAAUACACUGUCCCUUGUGUUGUGGAAAUGUGACUAGAAGAGAAAGAGCGUGCCCAGAACGGGCCUUAGAGCUUGAAAACAUCAUGUGCACGUUUUCUGGUAGCUGCAGAUCCUGUGCAAAACACAUGCAGUUUUAUCAUACGAGACAUUGUUACAAAUACAGCAUCUCUGCUAUCAUUCCAAAUUUUCAGAUUUUUCAAGAUUCUGUGGGGAAGAAGAAUACAAGUUCUUCUGGGCAUCCCACCUGUAAGUGUCACUUGGGUCAAGAGUCUAGACAGCACUUACUGGGCCACUGUAAUAGUAACCACCUAUUUCCGAUGGUUCCUGUGAAUCUUCAGCUAGAUGAGGAAACCCAGUAUCAAACUGCUGUUGAAGACUCUUUUCAAGUAAACAUCUAA